GGCACAUAUCGCGGGACGCCGGAAAUGAGCUCGUCUCGCAGUAUAUAAGCUGUGCAGAACUCGGUGAUGGACUGACGAUCAGAACACCAAGCUUUUCUAUUGCGUCUACAAGUAUAUCAUCUCCCUUUUCGGUUACUUUUUCAUCAUCUCUCUUACGUCUUACGUCCUUUAUAAAUACAUCUUCACCAUGACCAUGAACAAAUCCGUCUUCCUCGCCGCUGCCCUCGCAGCCCUCUCCCCUGCCAACGCCGCCCUCGACAAGCCAGCCCUCACCAACAACCUCGACUACCUCCUCGAUGGCAACGUUGCCAACCUGCCCUCCAACGGAGGCCCCUACUGGGGCAAGUGGGAGGCUGGUCUGAUGCCCGCCGACUGCAAGAGUAUCGCCGAGAGCCAGGGUCUGAACCCGACCGACUUUGAAGUCUGGGAUAUCUUCUACAACGAUUGCCAAGAUGGCUGGAGCUUCUGCCGCCACAAGGAUUCCGCCGACAGCUUCGAGACCCUCGUCGACACCUUUGGACGUGUUCCCGUCCGCAUGCGCAGCUGGGUCCGCCACAUCCUCACCAUCCCCGGCAACAACUGGGCCUUCAACUCCAACGGCAACAUCGCCUUCUCCGGCACGACCUCCUCAAACCUCGACGUCGCCCUCCACGAAACAGGCCACAGCCUCGACCUCCUCGGCGCCUACGUCGACGGCGCUCUCUCCUCUACCCAGGAGUGGCUCGACGCCUACAACGCCGACUCGAAUGUCCCCGAUGAGUAUGCGCGCUCGAACCAGGUCGAGAAUGUCGCCCAAAACACCGUCGUGGGCAUCUACGACAAAGUCGUCCCCGGCGGCUUCCCCGGCGUCCAGCCCAACUACGCCAAGAUCCAGACCCAGUACACGCUCCUGCAGAACAAGGCCGGGGACCAGAUCAUCCCCGGAGGUGUCUGCGACCGCCACCUCGAGAACUCGGAUACCGUUUCCGCGUCGGGAUCCUCGUCGAAGCGCGAUGGCAAGAAGGCGCGUGGUGUUGCGCAUGAUCCCGCUUUCAAGGGCAAGUAUGACCAUAUUGUCAAGGACUUUGAGCCCUUUAACACUCAGGAUUUCCACCACUGAGUAGUGGUUGCGGAGCUGGUGGAGGAACCUGUAUUAGUGGUGAUGCAUUUGUUGCAGUGAGGUGCAUGUUUGUUUCUGGGAGCGAGCGAGCGAGCGAGAGGGUGGGUGGGGGUUGGUUGCUUGGUUGGCGGCGUGGCGUUCGUUGAUGGUAGUAGAGUUGAACAUAGACUAUACAUGAGCGUGAUAAUCCUUUUCUGAGAUGCUUGUUGAUGGUAUCAUAGACAAGUCUGUACUGUGUCUAUCCUAGCAUACCCCCAUGGCGACAGCCCUAUCACACGAUCCUAGUAUCCAUGUGCUGAGGACUUGAGGCUACCGAUACACUACAUACGACCAUACAGUUCGACAAUCUAUCGGGUUCUUCCCAUAGCAGAAAAACAGGAGGGCUAUGCGCUUGUUCCUGAGAAAGGCG